AUGGCGCUGGUGGCUCUCGUGUCGCUGCUCCUGGCACUGCUGCUACCGGUGUCGAUGCUGCAGGAUGCAGCAGGAGCCCUGCGGGGGAGCCAGGAGCCAGAUCCCACCACGCCAGCCCUGCUCCGUCUGUCCGACACGCUGCUGGCUCACUACAGGAGGGGAGUCCGACCCGUGCGGGACUGGCGCACCACCACCACUGUGGCCAUCGAUGUCAUGGUGUAUGCCAUCCUCAGCGUGGAUGAGAAAAAUCAGGUGCUGACCACCUACAUCUGGUACAGACAGCACUGGACGGACGAGUUCCUCCAGUGGGAUCCCGCACACUUCGACAACAUCACGCAGAUUUCCCUCCCCACGGAGAGCGUCUGGGUGCCGGACAUCCUCAUCAAUGAGUUUGUGGAUGUUGGAAAGUCCCCUGACGUCCCCUACGUCUACGUUCGCCACCACGGAGAGGUCCAGAACCUCAAGCCCAUCCAGGUGGUGACAGCCUGCAGCUUGGACAUCUACAAUUUCCCCUUCGACGUCCAGAACUGCUCGCUCACCUUCACCAGCUGGCUGCACAACAUCCACGACAUCAACCUCUCGCUGUGGCGGCAGCCGGAGCUGGUGAAAUUCGACAGGAGCGUCUUCAUGAACCAGGGCGAGUGGGAGCUGCUCUACGUGCUCAGCCACUUCCAGGAGUUCAGUGUCAAAAGCAGCGACAGCUACGCCGAGAUGAAGUUCUACGUAGUCAUCCGGAGGCGUCCUCUCUUCUAUACUAUCAACCUGCUGCUCCCUAGUAUCUUCUUGAUGGUGAUGGACAUUGUGGGCUUCUACCUGCCUCCCAACAGUGGCGAGAGGGUCUCUUUCAAGAUCACCCUCCUCCUGGGCUACUCAGUUUUCCUCAUUAUUGUAUCUGACACGCUUCCGGCUACUGCUGUUGGCACCCCGCUGAUAGGCAUCUAUUUUGUGGUGUGCAUGGCAUUGCUCGUCAUCAGCCUCACAGAGACCAUCUUCAUCGUGCGCCUGGUACACAAGCAAGACCUGCAGCCUCACGUCCCCAGCUGGGUGAAGCACUUACUGCUGGAACGUGCCACGGCCCUGCUCUGCAUAUGGGACAGGAAGAAAUUCAGCCAAAGCAGGACACAGAGCUCAGACAUCUCCAGGCACGUGGAGAACAAUGACAGCACAGGUAAGGGCUGGGGAGAGAGCUCCUGCAGAAACAGAAGGGAAAUGAACCCCACGCAGCUCUAA